GGGUUCACUCUGCUCCAGUCAAGCCAAAGACAAACUACAUGUUACAUUAGGCGAUAAACAGAGCCGUCGAUACUCCCACGGUAGUUUUGAUCUUUUCUGGCAAGCUUCGAGAUGAUGUGUGAUUGGACACCUACCCCGAUGCACUUUUUCUCAAUGCAAGAUCACACAGAUCCUGGCUGCCAAGACAGAAAUUGGCAGGCCCUUUGUUCGGUACCUCUCGGAUCCAUACAGAAGGCCUACUUGGCUCGUCGGUAUGAACACUGUUCGUGGCCCAUAUCUCUCAUUGGAUAUGUAUCAAAAGUGAUGAUAUACUUUGGCCCAUUGUGCGGGCUUUGGGAAUUUCAUUGCAAAGCCCGAAGUUGCAAAUUGUCCACGAUCCCCAGAGUUCUCAAUGCCAAUGAACAUCUUUAUGAUCCGGUAGCCAUUGCGGAAAGGGGUAGCUGGGAAGUAGUCGGGUAUUUUGGAGCGUUUGCCCUGUCUAAUCUUUCGCUUGUCUCGGCGAGCCGUGAGGCAUCAUUUGAGACAUUCCUCUUUUUUUUUUUCCCUUGCUUAUGCCAUACUACGUAUGGCGUUGAGCAUCCAAUGAGUCCAUCCCGUCUCUGCUGCGCCUCGGGAUCAUGUUUGAAGGGAAGCAAGAAAGGGCGGCUCCACGCUUCAGCGUUGGCUAGGAGAGCCGAACAGAUCGACAACUAAAGUGAACCCAUAGAUGUUCUGCAAACCAGUUGAAGAGGCCAGGGACCCCUGGGAAUAUCUGCCCUAUCAGCCUCAUGGGGAGGUGUGAAUCCCCGGAGACCCAUACCCUUUCGAGAACAUACCCUUGAACCCAGCAUCGUUUGUAGGUUGUUCAGGGUCAAGCUUCGAUUCCCUGAGUUCUCACUCCAAAAGAGCUUUCGGCAUAUUCGCAUUGGCGGACGGCCUACUGCAUCCGAAGGCACAAAGACUUUGAUGCCAUAUCGCAUGUUGCAGACAGCAAGUGGCCGUGCCAUUGGGAGCUAUAUGCAGCAAAAAGGUAGACAUGGCAACUCUCAAGAUGAUGCAGUUCCAGCUGAUAGGUUUGAAUCGCCCGCCCUUCGGGAGCUUCCAGGGUCUUCCUGGAAGAGGACGAUGGGUUCGGGUAUCGGGUAAUUCGAUCUAGGCGUUUCCCCGUAAUCGUUGAUCUCGAGGGUUCGCAGUUUUGGCACAUCAUGGGGGUCAGAAAGCACCCUCCAAUAUGCAAAGGCCGACUGUCAGCGUGACGAUGUAUGCGUGUCGACCAGACGUGUGCUCAGGCCCUUUGGCUAGCAAGCCGGAUCUUCACCAGGAUGUAUGGAUCUCACGAUAAAAAAAAAAAGAAGAAAAAGAAAAAAAAGAAAAAAGAGGAACCACUAGGAUGAGAUCCUUCGCGUCAGCGGGUUACUCGGAGAGACUGCAACGAUGUAUGUUUGCCCAGGGAAGCGGUUGGGUUCGAGUCCUGGUGGAGACAUAUAGCGUUGUGUUUCAAGGAGUAGACGAG